UCGGAAACCAUCCAACGGUCAAGACAUAAGGAACCGUAUCGCACUGUUUGCGCCCUCACCUCACCGGAAAACUCCUUGACUCCCUUAUCCUGCGCACCUUCUCACUGCAACUGUAACUAUAAUGGCGGCUGAGCCCGAAACACUCCAACCGCCGCCGGAGCUUCCAAUCGCCACCGCACCUUCCGCCCCGGAGGAAACGGCAGCGGAUCCUACGACGACAACGGCGCAGCAGCAGCCCGCCGCUGAGAAUCCCGGUCCUCCGCCACUCGCUCCGAAACGUCAACGCCGUCCAAGCGUUCGUCUGGGAGAGAUCGGAGACCAACGCGCCUCCGCAACCAACCAUGAAACUCACACGCGCCGCCCGAGCAUGCCUCCAUGGAGCUGGCGUAUCCGCUCGAAAGAACCUUCCAGGACAAACUCGAAGGCUCGUUCCCUAACGAACCUCCCUAACGGCGGCGAAGAAAUCGCUGAAUUCGGUAACAAACGCGGUAAAUCGAAGCGAGCUUCAACAGCAACAAAGCGUGUGAGAUCGAAUUUCGCUCCUCGAACCACAGUAACAACAGCAGCAGCAGCAGCAAAAACAGAAAACAACAACAACGACAACGGAGAAGAAGAAGCUUACCGUGAUUUCGAUUACGAGCAGGAAGACGAAGACUAUCACGAUGACAGUCCAGUGCACUCGGUCCACGACGACGACGGUUACUGGCACAUAGGGAGGCACACGGAUCGAGCUAGGGUUUCGGAAAACGACGUGGUUGAAUCGGAUUCGAGGGAAGGGAGGAAGUGCGAGGGGGUGAGGUCGUGGUUGCUGGAGCUAGGUCUGAGUAGGUACGCUCCGAUGUUUGAGAUUCAUGAGGUGGAUGAUGAGCUUCUUCCGAUGCUGACAUUGGAAGAUCUCAAAGAUAUGGGGAUCAAUGCCGUUGGUUCUAGAAGGAAAAUGUACACUGCGAUCCAGAAGCUUCGGAAAGGGUUUCCAUGAUCAUGUAUGUAUGUAAUGUAAAUUGUUAAUGUGAAGUGUGUGUCUAUGGUUUCCAAAUCUUAAGUUCUCUUUCUUAUUGUGCUACCUUGAAUUAUAUAGUUGAUGUAGAUAUAUGCAUGUGUAAGAUGUUUCCUUUUGUGUUUCUGGUAAGUAUGAAUGAAUAGCAAUGGUUGUUAUAUACUUUGAUCUUCAGUUGAAGCUUUUGAUGA